GGCGUCCUUCACUGUAAAAAUAGUGAGAUGAAUCGGGAGCCUGACUAUUUCCUACCAAAAAUAAACAAGUUCAAAAAACUGCCCGCGAUGCGAUGUCAUCGGUGUACGCCGGACUAGUUUCGUGGCGUUGUUCUCGAUUUUCUUCCUGCGUUUCGGUCUUGUGUUGUCCACUCAUUUCAUAAUGGAAAGCCAUUCCUUCUCAACACCACUACUUGGAAACCAUGGCAACAGUCAUAGAGACUACACACCAAGUAGCAAAAGAUCAUCACGAAUGACGGCAGGUAAUGCCAAGGGUAGCUACGAGCCGUAUCACAGCACGCCCAGAACAACAACAUCGCCUGGCUCCGCCCACUUAUCGUCCUUCGCUAUGUCCUCCAUUCCCGUCAAUCAUUCCUCGGCCCCCACCCUCAGCUAUACCCGGUCGUCCCCGCCCACUGGGAAAGGUCGGGGCUCCCCCAGUGUUGGAAAUGGGAGAACCUCGUUGAGUCCAAGUCGGGGGCGAGUUGGGAGUCCGACGCGAGGCUAUGGGUCUUCACCCCCUAGACAUAGUUAUGUGUCUGAGCUCGAGACCACAACUAUCCAGAAACAGCGCAAGGAGUUGCAUCUUUUGAUCGGUGAGCUUCAAGACCGAGACCGGGAACUGAACGAGAUGGUAGCAUCUCACCAGAAACAGUUGCUAGCCUGGGAACAGGAUCGACAGAAACUGCUCACACUGGAACAACGUUAUUCCAGGCUAGAAGGUGAGCUCAAGACUCGAACGGACCAAGUCAAAACUCUGUCAACAAAACUGAAGGUGCUUGAAUCGCAAGACCAGUCUAAGGAGCUAGCGCUGCAGUCAACGCAGAAGCAACUGGAGCAGGUGUCGGACAAAGCUAGCACAGCUUCCCAACAAAUCAAAGAAAUGGAGGAGCACAAUGAGCAAUUGAAUUCCAUCAUCCGCAACCUUUCCAGUCAAGUCGGUCACUUUGAGGCCAGGGAACAAGAAUUGAUGACAAUGCUGAAACUGAAGGACAACGAUUUAGCCGAGGCAUCGGCUCAUAUCACGGACAUGAGCAGCAAGUUGAAAAGAUUAGACCACGCAAACAAGGAACUUCGUCAUACAGAAGCAACUACAAGGAAAGAGUUGGCUACGUCAAAGCAAAAGUACAAUGAAGUAAAACAAGAACUGGAAAAACAGACCAGUCAGCUGAAUGAGCAGAAUAAUACCAAUACAGAGCAGAGCAUAGAGCUAGGGCAACUACAAGGAGACAUACAGGCACUGCAGCAGGAACUCACGCUAGCAGGUGAAAGAGAAAAGAGAAAAGACCAACUCUUAGAUUUACAGCGCUCGAAGCAGGAGAGGACCGACGCUGAGCUUACCAACCUGCGACAGGUGUAUGAGAGACAACAUAGAGAUCUGUCCCUACUACAACUCAACCUGGACAGCAAGAAUGAAGUACUCAUUAGAUCACAACUCAGUAACUCACAACACGAUGAACUGAAUCGCAGCCACAACACGUCGCAGUCCCCCGCCAACGCAUCUGCGAAAAGCCGCGAUUCGUCACUGCAUAACACAAGCCUGAUAGGGGGCGCUCUAGUGGAGGACAACGGAGACCAUGGAGUGCCUGAUCUCAGCAGCGGUGACACUGAAGACCUACUGACUGCCGACUCAUCAGGAGAGGUCCCAGCAGAGGAGACAUCACCGACCAGUAAACUGCACCGUCUACUGACUGAGUCCAGACAGAUGGUACAAAGCCUGGAACAGACAACGCUGCCUCCGUAUAUCAACAAACCCAGCAAACAGGAUGAUUCCAUCAGAAGCCCACCGACUGGGAGCCAGGAGUAGCCAAAUUGCUGUGUUAAUGGCUUUGUGCAUGGACGAUAGAGGGCGGUAUUUGUCAUCAUGGAAAAUGGCUCUAAAUCACCCUCACUAAUUAGGUUGUGUCAGGUACAGAGCUACGGCUAGGUCUUUUGUCAGCACAUUCCAAUGAGGUUGCAAUUGACCUAGACUAAUGCUGUGUCCAAAUUAAUGGCUACA